AAAUAAUCCCACAGUCAUGAACGGUAUUGUGAAAUCGAAGAAGUUUACUCAGAAGGGGCCUUCUAGGAAGGCUUCUUGAUCGAGGAAAUCUAAGAGCAAGCCCAAAUUUAGUCAUACCAAAGUUCUUGAAAAGAACAUACAAAAAAUCUCUAUCAGCGCUGUACAGCAAGUCUUCAAGGUUGAGAACAAACUUGAUGAUCUUCAAAAGAAGACAGAAGACAACAUGAGCAAGAUGAAAGGACACAUUCUACAAAUCAAUAAAGGACAGAACGAACUUAAUAAAAAAUUUGAAUGAAAAUACGAAGAGCACGACCAAAGACUGGAUAAUAUGACAAAAAUGAUCAGCUUGGUCCAUGAAUAUCUUGAGAAUAAUGUCAGUGUGACUGAUAACCAUGAAUCCAGGACUAGUUUCACCCAACUACAACCGAAUUCGGGUGAGAAUACUAAAAGACAAGAUUUCAAACAGGAGGUAGACCAGUCACGGAUUGAAGAAGUUGAGAAAUCCUUCCAUGAUCUAAAAGAGAAUUUUGAUAUGAGGAUUCACCAGAUCGAAGAGACACUAGAUAGUUUCAACCUCAAUGACAAUAAUUUCAAGAGUCUGGAUGAUAUCAGCAAAUUCAAAUCUAAAAUAGAAGAAAAGAUAAACGCGUGGAAGACUAAAAUAGAAGGAAAAAUAGACGUGUUACUCAAAAACGAUCAUUCUCUCUCUCUUGACCAAAGACAACCAUACAACGAGAUUGCAAAUUCUGUGUCCCAAGAAGGGUACUGAUGAAGUAGUUUUAAAUCAGAUCUUGAGAUUCUAAAAAUUCACACUAAAUCAAACAAGCCUCCUAAGAAUGACUACUCCACAAUUUCUCAUGGAUCAGAGCCUGAGAAUGGGGUAGAGUUUACUCUGGAUUGUAAAGACUUUCAGAACACACAGAGGGUGGGGUACAAUCCUUCUUCAUCUCUGGCGAAUUAUGAGCGUGAAGGGUAACCCCUCAUCCUCAUCCAAAAUCUUCCCCUUCCUUCUCCCUUCCAAUCCCUCCAAACCCAGCCUCCCCCACCCCCAAAAAUCCCCCUUUCCAAACUACCAUGGCCACGAACAGUACAAGCCUAAAAUCUCCGAACAGAAUUAUCUCAAAGUAGUAAAGUCAUCGACUCCAAAUACCCUUUAUCCGGAGCCCCCUAGUCCUAAAAGUCACCUAGAGCCCAUUUUAAAUUCUCCAAAAUCCUCAUCCAGCCCUCUUUUUGACACUGACAAGGAGAACCACAGACCCAACUAAGUAUUACAUUCAA